AUGCCUCCUAAAGCCGCCAAGGGCGAGUACAUUGAGACCGACACGGGAAACAAGAUCUCGCGCCGGUCCCAAAUCCACGGCACACAGCACAUCAUCCUAGGUGGCAAGACCGUCAUCCAAGCCGAGGCCGUCAUCCGCGGCGAUCUCUACCGACUCCCCUCCACCGCCGCCUCGACAGACCCCAACAAUCCCCCACAACCAUCCAACACGCCAAGCGUCGCAAUCACCGUCGGCCGCUACACCUACAUCUCGAAGAGCGCGAUCCUGCGGCCACCCAGCAGGCUGCACCGCGGUGUACACUCAUACUACCCGCUCAAGAUCGGCGAUCACGUCUUUGUCGGAGAGUCUGCUGUUGUCGAGGCUGCGUCGCUUGGGAACCACGUUCAUGUUGGCGCGGGGGCUACUGUCGGCAGUAUGGCGAUCAUAAAGGAUUUUGCGGUCGUGCUUGAUGGUGCCGUUGUCCCGCCUGGUAUGGUUGUGCCUAGUUGGUGUGUUGUAGGUGGGCGACCUGCUAGGAUUGUUGGUGAGGUCGGCGAGGGGUAUGGUGUCGAGGGGGCUGAAGGUGGUAUGGCACGAGAAAGAUAUCGGGUUGUUGGGAGGCCGGGAUAG